UUCCGACCGAGGCAGGAAGCGGCAAAAUGGCGGCGCCCGUCCUGAGCGCGUUGCUCCAUAGGAUGCGGAUGGGGCGAGGCUUCAGUACUAGCGGAACUGAAUGAGAACCAAAUCAGACCAAAAGCAAAACUGUGGCUGCAUCUACACUGCAGAAAUAAUGCGCUUUGAUGCCGCUUCAACUGCCAUGGCUUCAUGCUACAGAGUUCUGGGAUUUGUUGUUUUGUGAGAUCAUUGGCCGCCACAAGCUUGUUGUUCUCCACAAACUGGGGGUGCCCCUGGGACCAAUGCCGAAUGAACACAUUGAUGUGAGUAAUUUGGAAGCACUAGAAAAGUACCGCAUCUUCACUCGUUAUUUCAAGGAAGCAGAAAAGGAAAGUAAGAAGCCUCAUUGGUGGUCAACCUACAAGAAGCACAUCACUCCAAAGCAAGAUGAAGAGGCAAAGAUAAAUAUUGGUCUACCUUAUCAUCUACAAUCAUGGAGAAACAAACGUAAAGAGAGAAAAGCAAUAAGGGCACAGAACCUUAAUAAUGCUGAACUGGAAAGAGCAUCCCGCCUUGGGAAAUUGUUGAUUCCACUAGAUGAUGUCAAGGCUGAAUGGGAGAAAACCAGUGGCCCAUAUCACAGACAGCAAAUAGCAGAACACUAUGGACUGUAUCGGGAUUUGUUUGAUGAUGCCACAUUUGUUCCCCGAGUUCUUCUAAAAGUGGAAUAUGAUCAAGAUGAGGAUUAUGUUAUGCCUGUUUAUCAUGGGAAUAUAGUUACACCCACCGAGGCUUAUAAUCCUCCCAAAGUCUCAUAUGAAGCUGCGGAAGGAACCCUGUGGACCCUGUUGCUUACUAAUCUAGAUGGGCACUUGCGUGAUACCAAUAUGGAGUAUGUGCACUGGUUGGUGACAAACAUUCCCGGUAACAAUGUAGAGGCAGGUGAAGAGAUAUGCCAUUACUUCCCUGCAUUCCCUGCCAAAGGAACUGGAUACCAUCGGUAUGUCUUCCUUCUUUUCAAGCAGCUGCAGACAGUUGAUUUCACUGAAGAUGUACGACCAAAACCAUGCCACAGCCUCAAGAUGAGAACCUUCAAGACAUUUGAUUUCUAUAAGAAACAUCAAAGUAACAUGACACCAGCAGGGUUGUCAUUUUUCCAGUGUCACUGGGAUGGUUCUGUUACACAGGUCUUCCAUUACCUACUCAAUAUGAAAGAACCAGUGUUCGAAUUUGUACGGCCACCCAAAUAUCACCCUAGACAGAAGAAAUUUCCACAUCUUCAGCCUCUGAGGUAUUUGGACAGAUACAGGGACAGUGAUGAACUUACCUAUGGAAUUUACUGAGGUGUUUGCUGCUCUCCUUGUCAAGAGGCCCCUGGACAAAUCCUCCAUGAUGUAACAAGACGUCCUUCCAGAGAUUGGUUCAUGCGUCUGAUCAAGCAGUGGAAGUGCCAGAGCUUGUGUAGGAUGAUAUUGGAUUGGAUUCAAAUCGUCAGUCAUUUUUCACCAUUUGAAAGAUAUAACUGACUUCUAACUUGUGCUUGUCUCAGAAGACUUGUCACAAGAAGCAGUCUAGCUAUGCCAAUAGGUCUAGGACAGUUUAAAAAAUGUGCUUCUGACCUACUCUCAGGACCCACUAUAUUUUUCAAAGUUAGGCAGAUAGAUGGCUUUAUCAGUGAUCUGUUGAACCAUAUAAGCAAAGUGCUCUCAUCAGAAUUAGAUCAGAUAGUUCAUGAAAUGUUUAAAAACUGUCUGGUCACUGCAGAAAUGCUGGGCAGUGUGUCUUUAAUUUUAAAAAUGUAAAAAAAUGUAACUAAAAAAAUCACAAUAGAAAGCAAUUUCCAUUUGACAGCAUGAGAGCAAUGUUCGACAGGAGUCUUCUGGUAUAUUUUUUGGUCUUGCAACUUUAAGAAUUAAACAGGCAUGAGUGUAGCUAUAUGUUUACAUGGUUUGAACAGUUGUUUGUUGUUAACUGCCCUUAUGUUGGCUCUUGGCAACCCUGUGAAUGAGACGUCUCCAAGACUCCCAGUCCUUCGCUUCUCUGCUCAAGUCCUGCAGACUCAUGAACAGUACCAGAGGACAAAUGAAAUUUUAAAAAAUCUGGAUGUCUGUCUUCUGUUUAUUAGAAUAACUUCUAAAAGCCCAUGAUUGUUGGCGAGUUAGUGCUUUUCUUAAUUCUUGGAGCAUAGGAUCAUCUGAGGAAACAAAAGAGUUCAUGCUGGAUGUAGAAAGUAAAUAAAUGAUGCAACCACCUAAUUUUGUGAAUGCAA